AUGCCACAACAAGGCGAGGACGUCUCUCUAGUCGAGUUCGCCGGAUCUGGCUCCCUCGCCGUCCCCAUCACCUCUCGGCGCAGCUCACAUGGCGACAUCCCGGUCAUCAAAACUCCCAGCGACGAGUCUGUCGCCAGGGCGCCCAGCGAGCCGCACCUGUUGCCGAACGGCCACCGCUCGAGGACCGCCAGCGACGCCUCGCACCCCAGGACGCCACGCAAGGCGUCUGUAGCGUCGUCGUUCGACGAGAGAGGCUCGCGCGCCUCCGGGCUGUCGCAUGAGCUCCACAUCCCCCGGAUCGCCGUCGCGUCUGCAGACCCCGUCGACGAGGAACGUCUCUCUGUGUCGCAGCCGAAGAGUAAGCUGGACGAUGAUGAUGACGAAAUUCAGGUGCAGGACUCCUACUACAGCUGGGUGGUGGCCGCCGGCGCCGCGCUGCAGUUCGUUCUGGUCGGCGGCAUCCACAAGUCCUUCGGCCUCGUGCUGGCCGCGCUGGUGCACGAGUACGGCUUCAGCUCGGCGGAGGUGGCCGUCAUCCCGGCCCUCUACUUCUCCUUCAACUUCCUGGCGUCCCCGCUGUGCGGGGCGCUGUGCAGACGCAUGAGCGAGCGCACAGUGUGCAUCAUGGGCGGUGUGGGCUCGCUCCUCGGUCUGGCGCUCAGCGGCCUCACCGGCAACAUCUACAUGCUGUACGUCACCAACGGCAUGAUGUUCGGCGUCGGACAGUGCUUCGCCAACAUCCCCGGCACGCUGAUGGUGAGCAAAUACUUUGUGAAGCGCCGCGGCCUGGCCAACUCGAUCACGGCCGCGUCUGCCGCGAUCGGCGGCGUGUUCUUCCCGCUGAUGGUGCAGGGGAUGCUGGAGGAGUACGGCAUCCCCGGCACCUACCUGAUGCUCGGCGGCAUCCACAUGCACACCAUCAUCUCGGCGAUGCUGUACAGGCCGAUGGAAACACAGCGGGAGAUCAUGCGCAUGGAGAGACGGCGGCAGCUGAGACGGUGUCGCAAGGUCAGCACCGCGGCCGGUGACGACAAGGAGCUGGAGAAGUUGGAGACCGCGCCGGCUGCUGCCAAACUGCUGGAGGUACAGCAUGCUGAAAGGCGCCACUCGGAGGCCCACUCGGAGAUGGAGGACGGCCUACUGCACCCUCCCCUGCGGCACCGGCACCCCGACGCCUCCCUCGCCACAUCCACUUCGAUGCUGAGUCAGCUGAACCUGGCCGUGGAGGCCCCCGAGGCGCCCAAGUCCUCAGGCUGUAUGCAGCAGGUGCUGCGGUCCCUGGACCUCCAUCUGCUUACCGAUCCGCUGUACAUCGCCUGUGUGACGAGCGUGUUUCUCUUCAUGACCGGCCUUCCGCACGUGUGUUUGCUAAUUCCGCGCUUCGGCCAGGAGAUCGAUGUCAGUCAAGCUGACAUAGCUCGAAUGAUCGCCAUGAUCGCUCCGAUCGACAUCGUCAGCCGUCUCUCGCUGGGCUUCCUGCUGGACCGCAACCUGUUCCACAAGCGCUACGGCCUGUUCAUCACGUGCCUGGUGGGAGGCACGGGCGUGCUGGCGCUCGUGUUCGUGCGCUCGUACAUCGAGCUGUUUGUCGCGUGCUCCAUCGUGUACGCCGCCAUUGGUUUCUACUUUGUGGUGACGCCCGUCAUGUACGCCGAGUACUACGGCGUCGAGCGUCUCUCGUCGACGCUGACCAUGUCGAACCUGUUCGCGGGCGUGGCCAACCUGACGGCGCAGCCGCUGGGCGGCCUGCUGCGAGACGCGGCCGGCACGUUUCGCACCGUGUUCGCCGUGCUGUCGGGCUGCAUGCUGGCCGGUGGCGCGCUGGUGCUGCUCCAUCCCUGCAUCGCCCGACGCUCCGCGGGGCGCCGUAAUAAACAGGCUGAGACGGACGCCGCCUGA